CUUUGCAGAUUUGUGCAAUGCAUUCAAUACGUUUGUGAUAUUUAACAAAUAUUAUUCGAAAUUUUUAGCAAGUCAAAAUGAAAAUAUUUGGACUACUGGCUGGGAUGCUGCUUGCCAUGGCAGUUGGCUGUCAGGGUUACAGUUUUUUAAUACCAGCAAAACUAAACAUGCCCGGAGUCUGUAUGUAUCAUGGCGUGAUGUUAAAGCGUGGCGAUAACAAUAUGGUAAACUCAUGUCAAAAUCUGCGCUGUAACGAGGAUGGUUCGAUUUUGGUUCAGGGCUGUGGCCACUAUACCAUGCGGGAUUGUCGCAUCUUGGAUCCCAUGAAUUUACACAAACCCUAUCCGGAUUGUUGUCGCAUGAAUUUCCUCUGCACCAUGCCAAACGGCGAGGUGGUGAAUCGUGAGGUCCAGCCACUGGAGACGGGAGUUUAUGCCUAA